AUGACUCCACCGGUUGCCUCCUCCCCCUUUCUCCUUUUCCUCUUACUACAUAUGAGUCCAGUGUCUGCAGUUGAAGUACAUAUCCAGAGCCCGAGAAGUGUGGAAUCACGUCCUGCUCUGGAUAAGCCUCUACUCGCUAUUCAGAUUGGAAGCAUCGUUGCAUCCUACGUGAUCUUUGUUGCCUUGCUGCUAGCUUUGGUCUUGUUUGUUGGGCGACGACUGCGUCGGACCGUUCAGUCAUCCCAAUACGCUCUACAGAUGGAGAUACUGAAACCGAUAAGGCCUCCAGAGAGUAUCGACCCAAGCCCUGUUACUCCAAAUACACAGAAUCUUCCUAGCCCGACCAAGUCAAAUCCCUUUAACUCCUGGGGCAGCUUUCCCAAACCAGCCCGACGUUCACAGCCAUCUGUCAACGGCAGCAUGGUCACUGUGGAUGAAUCCGUUGUUGCAUCCGAUCGGCAGAGGGCCGAGGAUGAAAUGGAAAGAUUGUACGCGGCAGUCAUGGAGCAUGAUGCCCAGAAGGCUGCUGGUGUCAAUGUUGCCUCUGUCAAGGACUCGGAUUCGUUGACCCAAUCCCCAGACAGCCAAUACAGCAACCCUUUCACCGAUCGUGCUGCUUCGCAGGUCUCCAUAUCGGCACCAGCCGUACCACCGAAAUCGCCUAAGCAUUCUAAUCGACUGUCGAAGUUGUUCAGCUCGAAAUCAGCCACCGCUUCCAAUCUCGAUGCUGGAAAGCUGAAGUCCCCAAAAUUUCCCAUCCGAAAGUUGGGCAUCUCAUCUCCUAUGGCCUCGCCGAAUCUCCAAGCAGGCCAAUCGUUCAGCCAGGAGCAUCCCCCGAUGUCUCCACGAUUCUAUACCCCGGGCCCCCCUCCGACUGCCCCUCAGACAGUACCUACCAUCGGACCGGUCUUGGCUCCAGCGACUCGCGCACGCCCUCCUGCUCCACUUAGCCUGGCUACUUCCGCACAAUCCCCUUCAUCGUCAUCAUCGUUGCCAUUCCGCCAGGCGUAUCCUCAGCAGAGUGCUCCGGCGACGAAGACAACUUUCCUGGAGCGUCCUGCUAAAAAGAACGGGCCCAUCACCGGCAUGCCUACCCCUUACAGCCCAUACAUGCCUUUCACUCCCGUAACCCCAUUCACACCAGGACGAACCGUGAAUAGACGUCAAAGGAAGCGUGAAGAGCGAGGUACCAACCUUCGUGCGCUGAAUGAAGAUGAUUUGGUCAAGGAUGAAGGCGACAUGUGGGGCUGA